ACUGUUGAUUGCUGAAUGUAGACUGUAGUUUACUUUAGCGAACACGCGCGAAUGUAGACGCAUAUUUUUUACUGUCGGUUUUGUGUCAAAAUCAAAAACAUAAGCUUGGAAUCUGUGCAUGCAACGACUUUUAGUGGACAUAAAUGUAUUCUUCAUUACAUUUAUGUGCAGUGUUUACACUUUAUACUGGAUUCAAAGCAAUGUUGUGAUGGCGAUUUGUUGACAUUCAUUGCCGAAAGCGACAAGUGCUAUCGACAAUUGUGCGGCUUAGCAGUUAUUUGUUUUUGAAAAUGGCCAAAAUGCAGCAACAAAUAUGCAGAACGUGUUUAGCCACCUGCGGUGAACUCGUCAAUAUAUUUUCAGAAGAUUAUUAUGUGCACAAUUUGAGCGAAAAGCUUUAUAAUACUACAAACAUUGAGGUUCAAAAAAAUGAUGACUUACCACAAAUGAUGUGUAAAAAGUGUAUAUUUAUGGUGGAUUCUUUAUAUUGUUUCAAAGAUCAAUGUGAAAUGGCUGAUAUCAAAUUAAAAAAAAGUUAUAAAAUUCCUAUGGAUAUUUCCAAGCCAGCUACAUCAAGUGAGGAUGAAUAUCAAGUAGAGUAUGCAUCGGAAGAAGCAAGAUUAGAAGUUGAAAGAGUUAAAAAACGAUUAAAAUCAAAUCAAAGCAAAUUUACGGGGCCACGACUUAAAUUAGAAAAUAAUUCUAAAAACAACCAAUUAUAUAAAUCUCAUAAUGAAUCUAAGUCUUCAUCAGUUCAUGGUUUUUCAGAAAAUGAUGAGGAUAUGGCCUUUUUAUCUGAAAGUGAUGUAUCUUCAAUAUAUAUUUAUCCAGAAAUUGAUAAGCAUAGUUCAAAAAGCAUUAAAAACGAGACAAAACCAAAAUUAAAAAGAAAAAGAUCACAAACAAACAAUGUCACAAUAUCAAAAGUACCAAAAAAAGUUGCAUUCAGAGAUGAUGAUUAUGAAGACAAUGUGCUCAAAAUCGAGUCAGUAAAAUCAAUUGCUAAUAUUACUCCAAAAAUUAUGGAUCAACCUAAAAAUAUCAUUCAAAUUGACAUCAUUGAUGAUAAUUCUGAAAUGCCCAAAAAUAAUGAUAUUUCUAAGAAAAAUUCGACUUGUUUGGCCAGCAUGGGAUUAUCGCCAAUGGAAGAUAUAAAAACUAUUAAUGAAUUACGAAUGAAAAAUUUAAUUAAACAAAUUAUACUUGAUAUACCAGAUAUAUGCCCUAUUUGCUCGCAGCAAUUUGAGUCUUAUUUGGAAGUUCUGAAACACAAAAUUGAAUGUCACAUUGAUAAUGAGGAAAAUGAUAUACAAUGUCCAGUGUGUAAUGAAAAAUUCUACUCAAGUAGUUCUUUAGUCGAUCACUUGAAUGAACAUGUUGACAUAAAAUUAUUUGUUUGUGCUCUCUGCUCAAAACAUUUGCAUACGGAAGGAAAAAUGAGGAGCCAUUUAGAAUCUCACGUAGAUAUGAAUAUUUUGCAAUGUCUUGUAUGUAAUAAGAAACUUGGACGAAUUCAACAGCUUUUUAACCACCUUGACACACACUUGCAUAAAUUGUCUAUGGCAUGUACAAUAUGCAAUCGAAGUUUUGAUAAUAAAGUACAACUACAAGUACAUAUUAAUGUUGAACAUAGAAAAUUGAAAGAAAAAAUGUAUAAAUGUAAAACCUGUGGUGAACAAGUUGCAGAAGAUAAAAAAGUCCAGCACUUUAAGAGUCACUCGAAUUAUGCAUGUUCGCAGUGUGAAAAAACAUUUGAUUCAAGAAAAAUGCUGAGGAACCAUAGCUAUACACAUCACAAUGAUAUCAAAUUUUCUUGUGAUAUUUGUAAUCAAUCUUUUUGUUCCUUGCCGGAACGUACACAGCAUAUGAAAACUCAUAACAAUGGAUGUGAGACUAUAACAGUAUCAGACUCAGCAAAUACAUCUUCAGACACGAAAAAAUUUCGGUGUAGAGUUUGUUUUGAUAUUCUUGUUUCUCGAGCUGCAUAUGGUAAGCAUCUUAAAGAAAAACAUUGGAAUUCAAAACAAACCGCUGAAAUUUUAAAGGAACUUACAGAUUCAUGAGUGAUUAGUCAUUAGAUAUAAAUUCUGCUUCUUACAAUUGAAAAUGUGAAGAUACUUAAUAGUCCUAGGGUACGUUUAAAUAGCCUUGGCUUCGCUACGACCGAUAAAAACGUGCUCUGGGGCUUUUUUUUCGCGACUUAAACUGGCAUAUGAUUUUUCAUACCCAGACUUGAAAAAAUAAUUGAAGCUGUUGAAAAUUAUUUUUACCAGCCUUGAGCUUAAAAAUUGAUUUGUAUUUAUAUUAAAUGCAACAUCAGUUUAAUAUUCUACACUUUAUAUUUAUACUUUACCUCUUACAGAGGGUAAUUCCUAAAUAUAUUGGCUGGCAGUGAUACUUUAUGUCUAUACGGAUACAGAUUUAAUCUUUAUUAGAUAAAAAACAUAAUUUAAUUUAAUAAAAAUUAACACCCUAACUCAAUUAGAUUGCGAGGUUAAAACAAAAAAACUCACUUCUUAUAGUGUGCGAGAAGUGUUACUUUCUGCGCGUCAAUCCGUGCGGAAAAAAUUGUAAAAUUAAUUUCCCGUACGCUGUGAUAAAAAUACAUUACUUACCUGGGGCGGUUGUCCAUCUUGUGCGAGUGUCAGUAUACAUUUCAAUCGCAGCAUGGGUUGCAAAGACACAAGUUACCGUCUUAAUUACGUAAUGUACUAUAAAUUCAGAUCAUACGAAAAAAUUUUAAAUAUUACAAAUUGUAUAUAAAUACACAAAUUUUAUUGUGAAGUUAUUAUUUAUAUUAAAUUACGAGCGUAAAUAUUUUCACUAUUAGUAACUUUUUACUAAAAUUGAAAGCUAAAAUAUGUUCUGUAACGUAAUGCAGAUUAAUACAUCACGUCAUGAAAUAUAUCUAAUUAGUUAAACGAGUAUUACAGCAGCUCUCAUAAUGUGUAAAUUUAUUAUAUUUUGUAGAGUUUAAUUUUUCUAAAUGCAAU